CGUCGUUUCUGAGCUUGCGAUGAGGGUCCGCGGUCAUCUGCGAAGCUACCGUGAUCCGUGUUUUCAGUAAGGAACUCUGGCGACCUCUGUGAGAUCUGCAAAAUGGACCCAGUGGUCUUGAGUUACCAGGACAGUCUUUUGAGGCGCUCGGACGUGGCUCUUCUGGAGGGCCCAUACUGGCUUAAUGACCAGGUGAUUGGUUUUGCCUUCGAGUACUUUACCAUAGAGCGUUUCAAGGGCCUGAGCAAAGCAGCGUGUUUCAUCAGCCCUGAGGUCACACAGUUCAUCAAGUGCACCUCCAGCCAGGAGGAGUUGGCCCUCUUCUUGGAGCCCUUAAAUCUCCCAGCCUGCCGCUGGGUCUUCCUAGCCGUCAAUGACAACUCCCACCAGACAGCUGGAGGUACUCACUGGAGCCUGCUGCUGUAUCGACGGGACAGCGGCUGCUUCUCCCACUACGACUCGCAGAGCGGCAGCAACGCCUUGCAUGCCCGCCGCAUCGCCAGCAAGCUCGAGUCCUUUUUAGGGGCUGCGAAAAAGCCACUCUUUGUGGAGGAGCUGGCACCUGCCCAGCAGAACAGCUAUGACUGUGGCAUGUAUGUCAUCUGCAACACUGAGGCAUUGUGUGACAGCAUUGGGCAAGGGGUGGCCCCGCAGGCCCUCACUCAGAUCAUCACGCCAACGUACAUCACGCAGAAGAGGGCCGAAUGGCGUGGCCUGAUUCAGAGACUCUCCCGUCGGAAAGAGUAAUGUGUCAGCACCAGCCUCCGCUCAUUUUCACCAUCCUCACUUUCAAAGGAGCUAGCAUGAGCACUUAGACCAAGAUAGAUCACAAAACAUCCAUUUACUUCACAGUGGUGACCGCAGCAUUGUUUGCUCGCAGUCUUGCUAAUGAAGGAGUGAGGUGGGAAGGCUGGCUCUUUUUAGCAGAACUCAUGAAGAUGAAUUCAAGCCAGCAUCCAGAAGAGAUGUCAGAAACAGAAAAACUGAAUCUUUGGUCACUGUCCUCACCUUCAGUUCUACAGUGACAUUUUGUGCCAAAGCCAAGGACACCUGAAAGGGGAAAUUCAAUGUGCCUGUCAUUCAUCCACAUGUUCACAAUUUAUCUACAGAAUGUGUUUGACGGAAAUUGUAAUAACUUACAUUCUUUAUAGCCUAGCAAAGAACGAUAACGUACGCUAUUCAGACUUUCACUAGCAAAACUGGAUUUUCAAAGUUCUGCUUAAAAACUUAUUUAAUCUGUAAAGCAUUUAUAUUGAUAUGUUACAUGAGGCAUAUUGCUGAGAAUCCUAAGGAAAAGGAAGUAACAGCAGAAUUGCUCUCUGGCACUUUGGAGAGGGAACUCUCAAAUGGAGGUCAUAGCCGAGUAAGUUCACCAUGCCGGAAUGAGUUGAUAAAAUUGAAUUUCAAAGAUGUAUGACUUGUGGAGACUUUAUCUGCAUAAAACUAUUUAUUUUAUUACUGUGAAUUUUAUAUUAUUUUGUACAUUAAUGUAUGAAAAGCUCAAGAAUGUCAGAUCUGCCUGAAGAGUCAAUUAGCUUUUGAUUUAAAGUAGUUAUGACGAAAUGUCCGAUGUUGUCGUUCUGUGUUGCAAAGUGCCCUUUGAAAAAAGCAACCAUAACUGCUUGGAGACUUUGAAAAAAGGAGAUGGAGCACAGAACAACAACGAAUAACUGAAAAAUGAAGCGAUGAACAGUGUAAAACCUACUGUUUUGCUGCUGACUGCAGAAUUGCCAUUUUGUUUUUAGCCAACAUGUGGUGUAUGUUUACAAGUGUUUCUGCUCAGGGCUGCAUAUAAACAAUUAAACUGGAUUCUAG